UUUCAUUUCAACUAACUUCUCACAUGCCUUUAUUUUUCAUCAUCCUACCAAACCUUUAGAACAAGAUCGCCAUUAUCACCAACGCUCUUAUCCUCAAUCUAACAGAAAUUCGGCCAUUGGUUCGUAUACUAACGGACACGGACAUGGUAGUGAGCCCUCGGUAGCCUCACAGCAAUCCAGUAUGCCGUCCAUGGGAGGUAUUCCUCUUUUAUCACCCACAAGCAUGCUCCAGUCUGAGUACCAGCCCUCGUCCUACUCUAUGGAUAUGCAUGAGACUCCUACGAUCAUGUCCCACGUUGAUUAUAGUCGAGUUGGACCCUCCAUGGCGCCUACGAGUGCUAAUGGGAGCACCAACACUGAUUCUCGUUAUGGUCCUAUCCGUGUCAACUUUAAGAAGAGUCGCACUCCAUCCUUGGAAUUCCAGCGCGGUGUUGGUUACAGAACUCGCACCAACUCUGUAAACUCAACCUCCUCUUCCGUCGCAUCCAGCGGAGUUCUGUCGUUGACUACAGCACUUGAUUCCGCUUCAUUUGGAACAGUUGUUGAUGCUGCUCUUACGGCUCCUCCGCAGAUGCAGAGCGAAGAAGAGGACUCAGACUCGCCAACGACUAUCCUGAUGAGACCACGCACAAAUGCGAUCCCGCGCAAAGCCAUUGCAGCAAGAGUGUUUGAGUGCUCUGUUCCCGGAUGCGCAAAGGCAUAUACACAACUUCACAAUUUGAAGUCUCAUGAGAGGACAGGACACACGCCUGUGAUCAAGCUUAAACCAUUUCAUUGUAUCGUUGAAGGCUGCUGCAAGGCCUUUUCACAGCGCAAGUCCUUGGCUCUGCAUAUCAAGACCGCUCAUGCAGACUUCAAGUUCAAGCCCUUCAAAUGUACACAAGGGGGAUGCACCAAAGCCUAUACACAAUUGCACAAUCUGAGGACACACGAAAAGACAGUCCACUUGGUGGAUUUGUCCAGAAAGCGAAUCAAGAAUCCAAGCAUGGAUGGAGCCCUUAACUUGAGUGCUCAUAUUGGGGGACCAUCUUCAUACUCGUCUCCGUUUGUUUCUUUGGGGGGCAGGGGUCAGCAUCCAACCCACAUGCCCUAUGGCCCACAUUCUACUGGUCUGGGAUUGACCUAUGAUGGAUUGAGUAACUUUAGCUUAGGACAUGGUUCUCAUGGUGAAAACCCAUAUCAUUACCAGCGACAGCAUGGUCAGUCACAUCACCACCCAUAUGCACGCUUGCCACAUCCGAACCCCAUGUCAGGCAUGUAUGCUCAUCGCUCUUAAAAAAAAAAAGCCAGCCAUCUGUACUUUAGUUUUCCU